AUGCCGGAUAAGGUUGUCCCGGGAUCACGAAACUUUACUUUUAAGCAGUCGGAACUUUACGGUGUCUAUAUAACCCCAUUCACCUCCUGGGGAAACCUACAAAUUGGACUCAACAGCUCAAUAUUAUCAAUCACCAGCACAUUCUUCAACAUUCGCUCCAAUGUCCAAGAAUCUGACUUAUCAGCUCGUUUUCCAAUCAUUACCAUGAUUUCCAAGCUCAUCCUCACCGCUAUCUUCCUCGGAAAUAACAUCAUCGCAACACCUAUCAAUAAUGGUGGCGCCAAGGUCAUUGCCCACAGCGAAAGACACGAUAUUGAAGGUUACUACUACGGUGACAUUGUUAAGCGCACUGGGCUCUCUGCUAGAGAGCUAGCUGCUAGGAAUGUCUUGACUCUGAGGGCUAGCGAGUCCAAGGCCGAAGAGGCUAAGAAGGAGAAGACGAAGGAAUCAGAGGAGAAAAAGAAGAAGCAGGGCAAGUGCUAA